CUCCCAACGCCCUCCCUCUUACCCUUUUUAGCCUAGGACCCAGCGCUGGAGCACGACUGGGAAUAUGGCCCUGGAGAAGCUCUGUUCGGUCCUCAAAGUGUUGUUAAUAACAGUACUUGUAGUAGAAGGCAUUGCUGUGGCCCAGAAGACUCAAGAUGGGCAGAAUAUUGGAAUUAAACAUGUUCCAGCUACCCAGUGUGGAAUUUGGGUUCGAACCAGCAAUGGGGGUCAUUUUGCUUCUCCAAAUUAUCCUGAGUCAUACCCACCAAAUAAGGAGUGUAUUUAUAUUUUGGAAGCUGCUCCACGUCAAAGAAUAGAACUGACCUUUGAUGAACAUUAUUAUAUAGAGCCUUCAUUUGAAUGUCGAUUUGAUCACUUGGAAAUUCGAGAUGGACCAUUUGGGUUCUCUCCACUUAUAGAUCGUUACUGUGGUGUAAAAAGCCCUUCAUUAAUUCGAUCAACAGGCAGAUUUAUGUGGAUUAAAUUUAGUUCUGAUGAAGAACUAGAAGGAUUGGGAUUUCGAGCAAAAUACUCUUUUAUUCCAGAUCCAGACUUUACUUACCUAGGAGGUAUUUUAAAUCCCAUCCCAGACUGUCAAUUUGAACUCUCAGGAGCUGAUGGAAUAGUACGCUCUAGUCAAGUAGAACAGGAAGACAAAACAAAGCCUGGACAAGCAGUUGACUGCAUAUGGACAAUUAAAGCUACUCCAAAAGCCAAGAUUUACCUGAGAUUCCUAGACUACCAAAUGGAACAUUCAAAUGAAUGCAAGAGAAACUUUGUUGCAGUUUAUGAUGGAAGCAGUUCUAUUGAAAACCUGAAGGCCAAGUUUUGCAGUACUGUAGCCAAUGAUGUAAUGCUUCAAACAGGAAUUGGAGUGAUUCGAAUGUGGGCUGAUGAAGGUAGCCGACUUAGCAGGUUCAGAAUGCUCUUUACAUCAUUUGUGGAUCCUCCCUGCACAGGCAGCACUUUCUUUUGCCAUAGUAAUAUGUGCAUCAAUAAUUCUCUGGUCUGCAAUGGUGUUCAAAACUGUGCAUACCCUUGGGAUGAAAAUCAUUGUAAAGAGAAGAAAAAAGCUGGACUCUUUGAACAAAUCACCAAAACACAUGGAACAAUCAUUGGCAUUACAUCAGGGAUUGUCUUAGUUCUUCUCAUUAUUUCUAUUUUAGUUCAAGUCAAACAACCUCGAAAGAAGGUCAUGGCUUGCAAAACUACUUUUAACAAAACUGGAUUCCAAGAAGUGUUUGAUCCUCCUCAUUAUGAGCUAUUUUCAUUAAGGGACAAAGAAAUUUCUGCAGACUUGGCUGACUUAUCAGAAGAACUGGAAAACUACCAGAAAAUGCGACGUUCUUCCACUGCUUCCCGUUGUAUCCACGACCAUCAUUGUGGAUCUCAAGCCACCAAUGUAAAACAAAGCAGGACCAACCUCAGUUCCAUGGAACUUCCUUUCCGUAAUGAUUUUGCACAACCUCAGCCAAUGAAGACAUUCAAUAGCACCUUCAAAAAAAGCAGUUACACUUUCAAACAAUCACAUGAGUGUUCUGAACAGGCCAUAGAAGACAGAGUGAUGGAGGAGAUUCCUUGUGAAAUCUAUGUGAGAGGACGAGAGGAUUCUGCACAAGGGUCAAUGUCCAUUGACUUUUAAUCAUUUAGAGAUGAAGAUGAUAUAUUAGUAUGUAUAUAUGCAGCAUACACAGCACACACACUGCACAUAUGUAUGUUUUUAAGCUUUUCUGCAAUCAACACCUUUCCCCUCCUCAAAUGAGAAACAUCUUCACUGUCAUUAAUUAUCAUAAUGUUAGAGAUUGUAUUCCUUUGUGCUCCCUAACCCAUGUGAAGUUAGUUGGUAAACUUAGGAAGUUGAAUGGGAGUAGAGGAAACAAUCAUCUAUUGCUUGGUAUCAUAUAAGCAAAUAACCAGUUAAAUAACUGAAUUCACUUUUUAACUGGUUAUUCUGAUGUCUUGUGAACAUAGACUUAUAAGCUACCUGUUGAGUUUUACCAACAUAACUGAAGGUGUGCAUGGGAACAAUGACACAGACUUUUAAAAUCUACAGAUACACCAACAAGUUUUAAUCAUUGAAUAAGUUUAAAAAUAAAGUUUCCAUCAUAUUUUCACAUUCCUUCUCUUUUUCUUUUCAUGAUUUUCAAGUCAAUGAUUUUAAUAUUUUAGUUGCAUAAAAGUGAUUAUUUCACUAUAUAUAUUUUGAUAUGGGCAUUUACUAUUGACUUUGUCAAAUUAAAACUAGAGUUACUGUGGUUCAGUGUCAAUUAUGACCCAGAGUUAUGUUGCAGCCAUCUGUUUCUUCUGAACUAAUUUCUAUAUUGCUGCCAUUUAAUUAUUCGUUCCCUUAGCCUGUGUUUUCUGUGAGAAUUAAGUGAAAUGGCUUAUUGCCUUUUACGAGUAUUUUAUCUUAGUUAACAUAUUAGAAUAUUUUAGAUCCUUGAGAUAUAUAAGCCUUUGCAAAUUAUGUGUACAAACUCUGAAAUUAAACAGGUCUUCAAAAUUUCCAAUAUUGAGUCACAUGUCAUGUUGGUGAAGGGAAAAUUAUUUAAUUUACUGUUAUGAUAUUUAUAGUCAUAUAAGUGUUUUUAAUUCUCCAAAUCUGGGGUCCCUGUUUUUUGUUUGUUUGUUUGUUUUGUUUUGUUUUAUUUUUAAGGUAUCUUUGCUUUCUUGUAGUAUUUAAUAAAUCCAGGACUUCUCACGUGAGACAGUCACAUUUUUUUAGAGCUGAUGAAGAAUUACAACCUUCAAUUUUCUUUUUAACUUCAGUUUUGGCAUUUUGUUGUUUUAUUAUGGUACAUGAAAUAAUUUGUAAACAUGAUUAAAAAAAACUUUGUGGUUUUUUUAGGCUUUUGAUAUAAUUUGAUACUGUACAAACUUUAUUAAAUCAAGAUUAAAGAC